GCAGCUGCGAUUCUGCCGGAAUUAUGUGGAGAUUAUGCCCAGUGUGGCAGAAGGGGUGAAGAUCGGCAUCCAGGAGUGCCAGCAUCAAUUCAGGGGCCGUCGCUGGAACUGCACCACCAUCAACGACAAGGCCAUCUUCGGACCAGUGCUGGACAAAGCCACGCGUGAGUCAGCAUUUGUUCAUGCCAUCGCAUCAGCUGGUGUGGCGUUCGCAGUGACCCGGUCCUGUGCGGAGGGUUCGGCCACCAUCUGUGGUUGUGACACGCGCCACAAGGGCCCGCCCGGUGAGGGCUGGAAGUGGGGUGGCUGCAGCGAGGACGUGGAGUUCGGCAGCAUGGUGUCCCGGGAGUUUGCAGACGCCCGUGAGAACCGGCCCGAUGCGCGCUCCGCCAUGAACCGCCACAACAACGAGGCGGGACGAACAGUGAGACAUUUUCUCUCUCUCUCUUGUAAGUGCCACGGCCUGUCCGGCAGCUGUGAGGUGAAGACGUGCUGGUGGUCCCAGCCUGACUUCAGAGUGAUCGGAGACUACAUGAAGGACAAGUAUGACAGCGCUUCAGAGAUGGUGACGUUGAGAAGCAAGUACAACUUCUUCAAACCGCCCACGGAGCGAGACCUGGUUUACUACGAGAGCUCACCCAACUUCUGCGAGCCCAACCCAGAAACAGGCUCGUUCGGGACACGCGAUCGCUCCUGUAACUUGACGUCGCACGGCAUUGACGGCUGCGACUUGCUAUGCUGUGGCCGGGGACACAACACCCAGACGGAGAAACGAAAGGAGAAGUGCCACUGUAUCUUCCACUGGUGCUGCUACGUCAGCUGCCAGGAGUGUGUUCGAGUCUACGAUGUUCACACCUGCAAAUAGAUAGGGCCUCUGGCAUCACUUUCUGCACCUCACCCCCAAUUUUAAUUUUUUUAAGACUUCAACGUAUAAAACAAGAAGCUACUGUACAAGUCAGGCUCAGAGAACUUGAGAGGCUUUGAUUUGACUUUGAUCAAGCAUUAACUGACUCAGCUAAUAGGCAAAAACUAUAGCCGCCUGUCAUGUGAUGCUGUGGAGUCAGCCUCUGUCUUAGAAUGCUGAGGUAGUUCUAGAAUACAGAGGUGGACCCAUGGAGGCUCCAUUCAGACAAACAACAUGAUUAUGUUGAUAAUGAUGUUGAUGAACACCAUCUCAUCAAUAGAGGCAAAAGAGGAGACCAUUACAGAGUGGGCUGAGUGUAGCCAAGGAGUGACUUCCAGUGGUUUCCAGAAAGGUGUUUCAAGGCAUUGGUUUCCUGACACUAGAAAAGAGAACUGUAGGUUUUAUACAGGCUAUAUAAACUGUGCUGUUGACAAGCACCAUAUUGGUGAAUUAUCUGUAUACUCUGUGUCGUCACCUUCAUGUAGAGCAGAACAGCACUGUCUAAACCUUUGGGACACCAUACAAUCUAUGAUGAACAUGUUAUAUUUUUCUAUUCCCACUAGAUAGGCCAGCAGCAAAGUAAAAAUUGGCUAUAUCGUAAAAAUGUAUGAAAACAAAAUGUAUCUUUUUUAUCUUAAUUCAAGGUUAGGGUUAGGCAUACGGUUAGCAGCAUGGCUAAGGUUAGGGUUAGGUUUAAAAUCAGACUUGAAGAAGAUAAAUUGUAGAAAUUGGAGGGGUUUACGGCUUUGCCGCUUGCCCAGAUAGUGACAACAAUAUUUUUCAAAAUAUUCUGUGGUACUCUCUGCUCUCCACCCUCAUGGUGUUCUUUUUUAAAUUAAAUGCAUAUGAGUUUAUAUAUCUACAAAAAAUAACACAAUUUCUAAGCUAUGUUCUCGACUUUGUGUUAACAUAACCAGGUUUCCAUCCAACCUUUUUAUGCACGUAAA